GGAAGUGAAUAACUAGAAAUAAUGUCUUAUAACAUCUUGAUGAGCAGCAUAAAGAGGACAGCGUUUUAGAUUGCAGUCUUAUGAUACAACUGACACCUGAGAUUCCUGAGACACACAUACACAGACAAAGGAUAAGGACUUUCCAUCGACCCUACAAUGGCUAGCCAAGGUUCUAAAAGAAAACGAGAUCAUGAAUCAUCUGACUCGAGUAUAGAGACACCACUGACAACAGAUGUGAUCACAGAGAAUGCAAGGCAAAUUCUGCAAAGAGUCAGUUACUCACAUCAAAUCGAUAAAGGCAGCAGGGAAAAGGCAACCAUAGGGAUUUUUGGAAAAUCAGGAGAAGGAAAGAGCUCCCUUUUAAGUGCAAUCUUGGGGAAACAGGAUCUCUUACCGUCUGGUUGUUUUGGUGCCUGUACAGCUGUUGUUAUUCAGGUGGAAGCCAAUAUGAAUGACUCCAACUACACAGCAGAGAUUGAAUUAAUCUCUAAAGAGGAGUGGGAGAAAGAGCUCAAAGAUCUUUUCAGAUAUAUGAAAGAUGACAGUGAGGACAGGAAUGAGGAGUUGAUUGAAAUUGCUGUAGAAAAGAUCACCACGCUGUAUGGAGCUAAUGCAGACCAGAAAACAUUAGAAGAGCUCCAGAAUGAUGAAAAAUUUGCUGAGAUUGAAAUCUUUUUGUCUAUCAGUAUGAAAAUAAUCUCAAACAGUAAUCUCUCUGAAUUUACCAUUGAAGUUACAAGUUUCAUACAACACAGUCAGUCAAAUCCUGGUGACUGGUACUGGCCGCUUGUGAAGAGCGUGACGAUCAAGAUACCAGACUGUAAUGAACUCUUGGAACACAUUGUGCUUCUUGAUCUUCCUGGGACUGGAGACUGCAACAAGACUAGAGAUGACCUGUGGAAAUCUAAACUGUCAGAGUGCUCUUCUGUGUGGAUUGUAAGUGAUAUCAAUCGAGCAAUCACUGACAGAGACCCCUGGGGGAUAUUAAAGCACUGCAUUGAAGAACUGGGACCAGGAGGAAAAUGCAAAAGCAUCAACUUCAUCUGUACAAAGACUGAUGAUAUGAAUCAACAAGAGUAUAUGAGAUCUGCACGGCUUUCAAGAAAGCAAAUCCCAGAUGACAAGGAUCAGAAAAAAACAUGCAUACUUCAUAGAAAUGAACAUGCCAAGACAAGGGUGAAAGAAAAGUUUGAAAAUUCUGAAAUCAAGAAAAUAUUCAACACUGACAAUCAGUUUCAAGUUUUUACUGUAAGUUCCAAUGCAUUCUUUGACUGCAAUUUAAAUCUGGAAUCAAGUGAAACAGAAAUCCCAAAGCUGCAGGAUGAUCUGAGGACUUUUAACAAGAGCAUUAAUAUAGAAUUGACCAGAGAUUAUGUCAAUAAAGCAAAGGGACAUUUGUCCUUGAUCCAAAGCGGCCAGUUUGAUAAAGACAAGAAAACGACUGAAAUGAAAGUCAACGAAUUUAAGAAGAACCUAAGGAAGUCACAAGCUGAACUGGACAAAUAUUUUAACAGCAUUUAUAAGAAUCUGGAUCAGUGUCUCUCAAAGGGAGUGGAAGAAUCAGUGAAAUCAUGUGUUGCUGCCACAAAGAAAUUGAUAACACCUAAUAAAGAUGGAAGGGGGUUCCAUAAAGUCCUUGGAGCUCUGUGCAAGAGCAACGGAUGCUAUUGGUCAAAAAAUCGGGACGUCAUUCUAGACCUGAACAAGACAUUGGCCAAAGAUGUUCACAAAUGCAUUUUUGAUGAUUUCUGUCAGAUUUUUCCUGUAACUGGAAAAACAGGGAAGUCAGUGCAGGAACAGAUUGAUAAAUUCAGUAUCAUCCAGAGUGACUCUGCAUACCCCAGCUCUGACAUACUUCAUUACAUUCAGAACUUAAUCAAAAACGAGGAAAGCAAACUGAAGGCAGUGCUCUAUAGAGACAUUGUUGACAGGAAGAAGGAAAUCUACUCAUCAAUACGAAUAACAAUUGCGAAUGAAAUGGUGCCUUGCUAUAAGCAAGCUGCAGCUGUGAGAGGAACAGGAUCCAUGAAGAAAAUGCAAGACCUGUUAAUAACCACAGUUGAUGAGAAAAAAGAAGACAUGUUCAACAAAGCAAAAAUGGAAGUGCUAAAAGGGUUUAAUAACUUAAAGCUGCACAUAAAACAUACUCUUGAAGAUGAACUACAGGAAGCAAUAGAACGCUCACAAUCACAAACCAGCAAAGACACGGAAGGAUUGAAGAGCUGGAGAGACUUCUAGAUCAUCUGUCUGACUGAUGCUCAUCAAGCAAGAGAAACAGCACAAAUCACAAAAGAAACAUAACAAUUGUGCAACAAGUAACACUUUCAGUCAAUGUUUUUUAUUUUAUUUUACAACAAUUAUUAUUUUUUUACUCAAAUGUAUUUGUGUUGUUAUAUAUACUUUUUCUGUAUGUUUGUUUGGCAGAAGAUGUAUUUCAAGUUGUUCAUUUUCAUAAAAUUUCUGAACUUGGGGUUUUAUUAUACUGUUGCAUGAUUCGAUAUACAAACUGUAUAAUGAUUUGUUGUUUUUAUUAUAACUGUUUUAUAGCAAGACACGGAAAUUACAUUUAAAAAUACAGCUGUCUAAUUUUCAAGAACCUGAAUACAUUUGAUUCAUUUACUGUAUAGACUGGAAUAUUUCUAACUGCAAAGGUCUUUCUGAAACAUAUGCAGUAGUAACGGUCAAGACAGACUGUCCAGAUAUUUCUAAAUUCUUGAUGUACUUAAAGUGCAAGAAAAGCUUUAAAGUGCCCCGAUUAUGGAUUUUUGAAAAUUACCUCUAAGUGAAUGAAAACAUCCUGCAAAGUUUUAAAUCUGAAAGUGCACCGUGUAUAAAGUUAUUGUCUCUCAAAAGAAAGAGUUGACUUUGAAUCAUUGAAACGAGGAACACAAAUGUCAUCUUGUUGUGUUGUUGGAUGCCAAAAUCGAGUACAGGCUCCAAUUUGAAGUUUUAUCGCAUACCUGCCACCACUGCCAGACAAAAAAAAAAAAAAAAACGACGACAACUGUGGUUAAAUGUGAUCAAACGAGCGGACUGGACAGAAGCAAUCAUUAAAAAUGCUCACGUUUGCAGUCGCACACUUCAUAUCAGGUAAGUUAAGGUUAAAGAAACUAUUGUUUUUCAUUGCUAUGAUUUAUGGUUUGGUUACGUGUCUAAAUAUUUCUUAUGAUUUCUCAUGUAACGCUAACUUUGUAGCGUGUAAGUUAGCUAACAGGUAACGUUAGCUAACGACCGGAGACUAAACAAUGGAAACAGUUUGUGUCAACUCAUCUCCCUUUCUACAGCUGCCAAAAAGUGCAAUUAUAGAAGGGGAGUAGUAACAGUGAACAGACACAUGUUAUGUGUCAGAUAUUUGCAUUUUCUAACGUUUGCAACUGUAAUAGCCAACCAAAAUGAUAGCUCGCGAGUAAGGUAGUAAGCUAGACUGACAUUAGCUUCAAUUACAUUUUAUUAUUUUGUAGGAGAGGCUUCUAUGGCUGAAGACAGCCCAGACUUCGUCCCCUCUGUGUUUUCUUAUAAACGGUAGAGUGACAGGCCUGUGGAAAAACUGGAAAGGCUGGAAAGGAAAAGGAAAAGUGAAAUACUGACAGUGAAGCAAGAGGCUCCUUGCCAUGCUGAUGAUGAUCCAAUGACACCAGAGGAACCAGUGGAAGAAGCUGAGCCUAUGGUCCCUCAAGCAGCAUACAAUAGUCUCAGUGAGAAGUAUGACCAACUCAACACUGAAUAUGUUAACUUGAGAAAAGACUUUUACCAACUCAACGAGGAGAAUGAAAGACUCAAAGAGGAGCUUCGGCAAUCACACUUUUCAUUUUCCACAGUCAAAAACAAUGCUGCACAUUUUCUGUUUCUCACUGGUCUAACUUCAGUCCUCUUCAGUUGGUUAAUGUCAAAAAUAAAAGACAGCAUGCAGAAGCUAAGUGAAUGUCUCAUGCUGGAAGAUCAUUUAUUAGUGGUCCUUAUGAAACUGAGAUUGGGGCUCAGUAACUGAGAUAUAGCCUAGGUUCAAAGUUUCUGAAAGCACAGUGUCAAAUAUUCUGAGAUCCUGGUUGCCUGCAAUGGCAAAUAUUUUGA